AUGUCAUUAAAUACUUUCUUUUCACGUUCUCGAAUUAUUUUGCGUUCGCAGAAUUCUCAUUUCAAAUUAUCGCAACAAUUAUUUUUUCACAGUAGUCCAAAACGUUAUUCAUCCGAUGCAUUCCUACUUAAGGAAUCGGGCACUUAUGCCAUUGCACAUUCAACACCACAACCUCCUUAUUUACAAACAGUUUAUGAAAGAACUCAUAAAGAAUAUCCCGCAGACGGGCAUAUGAUGGUAUCACAAUUACAAGGAUCUUUAUUAACUAUGCUUUGUAAAGUAAUGAACGCAAGUAAAGUAUUAGAAUUAGGUUGUUUUACAGGUUAUUCAGCAUUAUGUUUAGCUGAAGGUAUUAAAGGUAAUAAAGGAAGGGUUAUUAGUUGUGAAAAGGAUGAAGGGUUUGCCAAAGUUGCUUUACAGAAUGUAAAAGAAACCGGAAUGGAUGACCUUGUUGAGAUUAGGAUUGGUGAUGGUUUGAAUACGUUACAAAGCUUUGAAAAAUCCACGCAUUUUGACUUGAUCUUUAUUGAUGCGAACAAAUCAGGAUACGUCAAUUAUUACGAAACAAUUCUCGAACGUGACCUCCUCUCUAACAGAGGGAUUAUCGUAGCCGAUAAUGCGCUUUUUUAUGGAUGUGUGCAAAAAGUACCUAAUUAUGAUCCGAAUGCACCAGAAACAAGUGAAAAUCAUAUUCCGAAAGGUCUUUAUGAUAAUGCAAAGAAUUUACACAGGUUUAAUGAACACGUUACAAAAGAUCCAAGAACUACAAAUCUAUUGGUGCCCGGUUUCGAUGGGUUAAUGUUAAUUCGCAAGGAUUCUUAA